AUGGCCUCGGCCAAAGUCGGCCUUCCCGCCAGAGACUUGACGCCCAAACCCAUGGCCACGGAUUUCCCGCUCAUGUCGCAAAAAACCGCGUCGGCGCCCAUCGACUAUGCGUUGACGUCCUUGGACGCCAUUGCCAUGUGGGCCCGGAAAUCGUCGUUCUGGCCCGUGACGUUUGGGUUGGCGUGCUGCGCCGUCGAGAUGAUGCACGUGUCUGCGCCCCGGUACGACCAGGACAGACUCGGAAUCAUUUUCCGUGCGUCGCCGCGUCAGUCCGAUAUCAUGAUUGUGGCCGGCACGUUGACCAACAAGAUGGCGCCGGCGUUGAGACAGGUGUACGACCAGAUGGCGGACCCCCGCUGGGUGAUUUCCAUGGGCUCGUGCGCCAACGGCGGCGGCUACUACCACUACUCGUACUCGGUGGUACGCGGCUGCGACCGCGUUGUGCCUGUGGACAUCUACGUGCCCGGCUGCCCGCCCACGGCGGAGGCGUUGAUGUACGGCGUGUUCCAGUUGCAGAAGAAGAUGAUGAAGACCCGGGUGACGCGCUUGUGGUACCGCAAGUGA